AUGGCGAAGAAGGCGAAAACACGCAUUAUCAACGUGCGCCUCCUGUCCAUGGCCAUGACGGGCUAUUUCUACACCUUCACACGGCCCCGCACGGCGCUGCCCAUGAGCAUGAUCAAAUACGACCCAAUCGUCCGGCGGAGAGUACUCUUCCUCGAGCAAAAACGGAAGGGCAAAUGA